UCGGCAUGGAGACGAAGCACAGGGCACCUGCUCAAGGGCUCCACCAAGUCCAUCCUGGACUCUCCCAAGCAGAGACCUUCACGGAGCUUGAGUAUGAUCCAGAAUCUGGACGAUACGGAGGUGGAUCUGGUCUACAUAACGGAGCGCAUGAUCUCCCUCUCCUUCCCCUCCUGCACUGACGAACACGGCUACUCCUCCAACCUGAAGGACGUCACCAACAUGCUCAAGUCCAAGCAUGGGGAAAACUACCUGGUUCUGAACCUGAGUGAGAGAAGGAAUGACCUCAUCAGGCUCAACCCAAAGGUGAUGGACUUCGGCUGGCCAGAUCACCAUGCCCCGGCCCUGGAUAAGAUCUGUAGCAUCUGCAAAGCUGUGGACGCCUGGCUCAACGCAGAGCCACACAACGUGGUGGUACUGCACAACAAGGGGAAUCGUGGACGCACUGGAGUGGUGAUCGCUGCCUACAUGCACUACAGCAACAUAUCUGCCAGUGCGGACCAGGCCCUGGACAGGUUUGCCAUGAAGCGAUUUUACGAAGACAAAGCUCAGGGACAGCCAUCCCAGAGGAGGUAUGUGCAGUACUUCAGUGGUCUUCUCUCCGGCCACAUCAAGAUCAACAGCAGGCCGCUGUUCCUGCACCACGUCAUCAUGCACGGCAUACCCAACUUCGAGGCCAAAGGAGGCUGCAGGCCAUUCCUAAAGAUCUACCAGGGCAUGAGACCGGUUUACAUGUCUGGGACAUACAAUGUACAGGGUGACAGCUCCACCAGUAUCUGCAUCACCAUAGAGCCAGGCCUGCUGCUGAAGGGAGACAUACUGCUGAAGUGCUACCACAAAAACUUCAGGAAUACAAACCGUGAUGUGAUCUUCCGCGUGCAGUUCCACACGUGUGCUGUACAUGACCUGGCUGUGGUCUUCACAAAGAAUGAACUGGACGAGACUUUCAAAGACGAGAGGUUCCCAGAGUACGGCAAGGUGGAGUUUGUCUUUUCCUUCGCGCCGCAGAAGAUAAAGGGUCUGGACCACCUGGAGAAUGGGCCCAGCGUGUCUGUGGACUACAACAGUCAAGACCCUCUGAUCCGCUGGGACUCCUAUGAGAACUUCAACAGGCGCAGUGAGGACGCAGACGCAGACGUCCACACCCAAGGCCCGGUGGACGGCAGUCCCUACGCUAAGAUCCGCAAGAAGUCGGCCGAGGGCCUGAUCUCUGAUCGCUACCACCACGGCCCGCUGCACCAGGUGGUGGCCGUAGCCAAUCAAGCGCUCCCGCUGCAUCACGUGGUCUCAGUAGCCAAUCACGCGCUCCCGUUGCCCGCGGCCAAUCACGCACUGCCGGUCGCCGAGCACGCUCUCUCGGUCAGCAGCGACUCGGGAAACUCCAGCGCGUCGGUGAAGACUACUGGCACAGAUGAACCUCAGGUGUGUGUGGGCGUCGGUGGAGGCCCGGGCGGCGUUGGGCAUGGAGGAGGGUGUGUGAGCACGUGUGUUAGCCACCGCGCGGCAGCGUCCCUGAGCCCCAGAGAGAAGCAGGAGCUCGAGCAGCUGCUGAGCGGACUGCAGGGCGGCCAUCACCAGCUGCACCAGCAGCAGUUCGCCACACGCCAGUGCUACGCCCCCACUGGUCCCGGAGGAGGAAUUACAACAUCGGGAGGAGGGAUACUACACCUGGUACCAGCACAGGUCCAUGUCAACGGCAGAGGUGUGGUUCGAACCAUCACUGCCCCCACCUCUUUGUCCUCGGUAGCAAGCGGCACAGACCUCAGCGAAUCAGAGCACACAGAGCGAGAGACCGAUAUCCUUGACGACGAAGAGGGGGAAGUUCCGGAAGCCGACACACUCGGUACAAUCUCGUCUUUGGAGGGUCACGAGACGCCGGCGGCUGACAGCCAGGGCCUCAGCAGCAGCAGCUACCAGACACCCGACACACCCCCUCACCAGAGACAGACACAUACACACACCGCGGACGUCACCGCCGUGGACAUUGACCUGAGAGACAUGCCGGUCCACCAGGUGCACGGCUCGGCCUCGGCACAGGAGCGCCUGCUCGACUUCGGCGAGCUGAACGGUGCCAUGUUCCGCUCCCAGUCCUACGGGGCCUCCCCGCCCAUGGACGGAGGGCCCGGGGGCUCCAGGCUCCUCCCCCAGGCGCCAGAGCGCAGCACGAGCAGCCGCGAUGCGGUGCAGCGAGGGCUCAGCGCCUGGCACCAGUACGGCCUGAUGGACGACCCCUUCUACACCUCUCCACCCGUGUCCCGAUGCCCCACCUCGCCCUCACAGAACGACGUGGAGCAGUCUAUCGAUGCGCUCAACAUGCUCAUGCUUGACCUAGAGCCCACACAGACGCCUGUCCCGAAAUCCCAGAGCGCCCCGCCCGGCGACAACCCGGCGGCCACCUACCAGGCUCCGUUCGCCCAGUCGUACCCGCGGCCCUCCUACCAGGCCGACCAGGCCAUCCACAGCUACAACAUGGGCUACCCUCCCCCCUCCACCUCGGCCAGCUACGGCCAGUCCUCCCAGCGCUCCUCCCCAGCCUACCCCAUCAUGUCCCCCAGCACCGAGCCCCACCGCGGGGCCUUCCACCCACACCACCCUUCCCCCUCGCCCACCCAUCAGUACCCCCCGGAGGCCUACAUCCAGAGAGGAGGUGGUCCGGGGAGCAUGUCCCCUACUCUCUCCCCCACCCUGGCACAUCCUCAACCCCUGAAGCCACAGAGUGCGUUCAGCCCUAGUGGUGGUGGGGGCUCGGUGUGCUACACUCCGGAGCUCCAGGGCACCUCCCCAUACCCCCCCACCCAGAGGAGCUACAGCGCCUCCUCGUCCCCCCUGCCUCCCGUGACUCCUGCCAAGGAGGCAGACCCCGCCGAGGACGAGAGCCUCAACCUGGCGGGCCUGGUGGCUCACCGCAUCGCCGAGUACAACGCUCGCAUCCGGGGCAUCUCGGAGAGUCUGACCCCCCAGACCCUUGACCGACGCCGCUCCUAUUCCUUCUCUGGGUCAAGGCCACACACUGUGACCCCUGAUGAAGGUCAUCCGUCCAUGCGUCGCCGCACCAACAGCGAAGGGCAGUACCAGAAUGGGCACGAGGAUCGGAGCGGCAGUGCCCAGGGUAGUACCAGCAUGAGCAGCCCGCGCACACACGUCUCGCCAGAGUUCGUCACCGUCAUCGCAUCCAACCCUGGAGGACGACCCAGGGAGGGACAAAUGCACAGCUAUCGCGAGGCGUUUGACGACAUGUCGGACAGUGGGGCUCCCGUCAGCCCGACCCCCAGUGGUGGUGAGGCACCCCCCUCCACCCCCGCCUUUCCCGUCUCCCCCCUCACCUCGCCACAGACACCCUACUUCAACCUGUGCCGCUCUCCCCCUGGCCUGGCGAAGACUCCCCUAUCGGCGCUCGGACUGAAGGCCCAGAGUCCUGAUGACCUGAUGCAACAGAGUAGCUCAGAGCCACGUGGCUACAUCGGGCCGGUGGCCCACGUGGGAGGGAGGGGUCCCUCCAUGUCCCCUGCCCAUCAGCACCCUCUCUACCCUGCAGAGGCCAUGGAGAGAGCAGCACCCCCCACACACAACAUCAACGCACCACUGGGACACUAUCCUCUAUCUGACAACGCGGCUCGCGUGGCCAGUCCUCCCCUCCCUGCGUCCCAUAUAUUCUUCACGCCCACCUCUUCCCCCGCCCCUCCAGGUCCCCAGCCCAUCCCCCACCCUCACCUCUUCCCCGUUCCCGACCCGCUGGGAUUCCUCGACCCCGAAGAGGCUACCGUUAGCAUCAUGGGAGUCCAUCGCAUACCAGGGAGUCCCAACACGCUGCACCGCACGGUGGCCACCAACACCGCCCCCAGCCCUGUGCUCCAACGCAGACUAGCCAACCAGAGUCCAGCUGCCGGUCGCCGCGGCGCCACACCCACCAGUGGCAGCGGAGCAGGAACAACAACAGGGGCAGAACAACCAGCGUCGUCAGGCAGCCCCAUACCACCUCCGCGCCUCGUCAGGGCCGCCCUGACCGGCGUGCCACCCAGCCCCAUGCUCCAGAGGCGGGCACAGAGCGUGGGGAGCGCGGGCAGCAUGAGUCCCGACAGGAGACCCAGCCGCACCGCCAGCCCGGAGGACAGGGAGCGGGCAUCCAGCGGGCAGCAGUCACGCCAGUCCAGCGCGUCACCCGGUGGUGGUGGUGGUGGGCCACAGCUGCCCGAUAAGAGGCACACCCCCAGCGGCACCCCUACGGAGGGGGGCGAGAGGAAGGUGGGGAGCAGCGGUGCCAACACGCCCGUCAUGUCGCCAUCGCAGGAGCCAGGCAUCGUCUCCAUUUACGCUGAUGGACCUCCAGACAUCAAGCUGAAUGUGAAGUUUGUGCAGGACACCUCCAAGUUCUGGUACAAGCCUGAGAUCUCCAGGGAGCAAGCCAUCAGUCUGCUGAAGGACCGUGAGCCGGGGGCCUUUGUGAUCCGGGACAGCCACUCCUUCAAGGGCGCCUACGGCCUCGCAAUGAAGGUCGCAUCCCCUCCCCCUACCGUCCAGCAGAACAAGAAAGUGGGUGACAUCACCAAUGAGCUGGUCCGUCACUUCCUGAUUGAGACAAGUUCAAAGGGGGUGAGACUGAAGGGCUGCCCCAAUGAACCUUAUUUUGGCUGCCUGUCUGCGUUGGUGUAUCAGCAUUCUAUGACACCCCUGGCUUUGCCAUGCAAACUGAUGAUCCCAACCCGAGACCCUAAUGAGGAGGCUAUUGAGUUGGCCACUCCCACGAGUUCCACCACAGACCUCCUGAAACAAGGAGCAGCGCCUGCCGGCCCCCUCACAGUUUGUCCCUCUUAUAUCACCGUAGGCCAGAAGGUGCCAGAUGAGUCCCAUGCAUGCAACGUUCUGUAUAUAAACUCAGUGGAGAUGGAGUCGUUGACGGGUCCGCAGGCGAUCUCCAAGGCCGUUGCCGAGACGCUCCUGACGCAGCCACUGCCCUCCGCCACCGUCGUCCACUUCAAAGUCUCCACGCAGGGCAUCACCCUCACCGACAAUCAGAGGAAAAUCUUCUUCCGACGCCACUACCCCAUGAACACCGUCACCUACUGCAACCUGGACCCCCAGGACAGAAAGUGGAACAAGGAAGAUGGCGGCGUAGCAAAAGUUUUUGGCUUCGUGGCGCGUAAACAAGGAAGCACAACGGACAACGUGAGUCACCUGUUUGCAGAGCUGGAGCCCGAGCAGCCGGCCAGUGCCAUCGUCAGCUUCGUUUCCAAGGUGAUGUUGGGCACGACCCGACAGUGAUCGCUCAACUUUGGCCUGUGACUCACGGCGCUGACCCGGUUCUAAUCAGGCCCUGAUCCGGCACGUACAUUGCGGUCAGGCGAUUGGACCCUUCGCUAUUCUCUUCGUGUGUUCGUUUCCUCUCCCCACACCCUCACAAAGAGACGUUUUUCAUGCCCUUUUUUUGUGUGGAUAUAUUUUUUCAUAAAGUAUCUCCCUGCCCUCACAGAAUGAGGAUGUGAAGGGUUUGGGGGGGUGGAGUUAUAAUAUAGUUAUUGAGUUUAUUUUUUUGUUAUUAUCGCCAUUGAGUUUUCAAGGUGUCGAUUUUUUUUCCUUCGUUUUUUUCUUCAGUGAAGUAGGAGGUGAUGAUGCAAAAUGGACUCUAUGCACGUGUGGGAGAGCGAUCGGAUAUCAGAGGGCGCUUUUGUUGCAGGGGGGAGAAGGGAAGAAGCUCUCCCGUUGGUUCAUUCAGGAUUCAGGAGGAGAAGAAGAAAAAAAAAACGAAAGGAUGAAAUUUAAAGGAAAGACAAGUGAAAAAAGAUGUAAAGAAGCGACGAAGAAUCAUUUUUCAGAUAGAACAACCAAAGGUAGCGUUCAGAACAAGUAUGCCAUUAUUGGACAACUUAUUCCAUUUUGAUUUUGUAAAACGAGUUUUCUUUUGAAAAAACCAGACUGUCAAAAAAGUUACAAAAUCCCUCUGGACAACAAUAGAUGAUGAGUUUUUUGUCUGUUUGUCUGUUGUGACUUCUCUCUUUGAAAAAAAAGAUACUUGAGAAAUUACUAAAAAAGAAAAAGUAUCCAGUAAAGAUAUGCAUGUUCGCUUGCAAAUGCUCCUUAGCUGCGACCUCACCCCCACCCUACCCGCACCCCUCCCCCCACCUCCCUUAUUGUUGGUCACGACUGCGCUGCUUCCUGUGUGGACAACGCCCAUGGUGGACACGGGACUGUAUUACACUACAGCUCCACCAAUCAGAAGCCCUACACACACGGACACCUUUCAGUUGACCAAUUACAUAUCAGGAACGAAAAAGACGAAAAAAAACAACACUGUGGUCCAACAUCAGCAAUAAUGCAUUGGCAGACCCCAGGCAUAAGCAGUGGAACUGCAGAGAAAUGGAUUGUGCAUCGGCUGCUCUGACCUGUAGAUCAGUGUGUGUGCGUGCGUGCGUCCGUGUGUGUGAGCACCCAUUUGAAAUGCAGGAUGGCAAGGUGUACAGCUAAACGAGCAGCAGGUGUGUGUGUGUGUGUGAGUCAGCUUCAUGCAUGAGAGCUGUUCUCCAGGUCACUUUCCACACACACGCACGCACAAACACACACACCUGUUGUACACAUGCUACGCAAACACUCAGAUGCAACACAUGCAGUGCACAGACUACACACAUUGCAAACACCCUCACACAUAUCAAAUGCAUGCACACACACACACAUACACACACAUGCACACAGGUGCACAUCUCCUUGUAGCACUUUGAAAGGAUUGAUGGAUAUUGCUCUGCCUGGAUGGACCGACCAACAGCAAUGUCCCUGCACACAUGUACACACACACACACACACACACACACACACACACACACACACACACACACACACACACACACACACACACACACACACACACACACACACACACACACACACACACACACGCAACAUGUCCCUGUACUGUAGCGCACUAAAAGGAUGGAUGGACGGUUGUGGCGCCUGGAUGGACCGACCAACAGCGAUGUCCCCCCCGCAUGCUGUAGAGCAAAGAGUAGCCCCUUUAAGCCUUGACCUCUACUUGACCUUUAACCCUUCACCCCUGUGUACUCUAGUCCACGCCCGCCGACCUCCGAUGAGCCCUGCCCCCGCCCCCCUUCCCCCACCCUGCUGUAGGAAAGAAACAAAAACAUGACAAAAUGCCAUGGCGACACGAUCGCUACAGACUCUAAUGUUCUAAAUGCAUGUGAUGCUACUUUCAGCUGUUUUCUUUUUUUUUUUACUUCUGAAAAAAGGGUCUUACAUCUUGUUCAGGUUUAUCACUAUGUUCUUUCUAUCUGUUUUUCAUUGUUUCAUUCUACUGUUAUCUAUCUUCUGUCUCUCUCUCUGUCAAUAUCUGUCUUUAUUACUAUCGUUCUCUCUAUCUGUCAUUCUCUUUUUCUGUCUUUCGUCCCUCUUUUUCUCUCUCUCUCUCUCUCUGUCUAUUUGCCUCUCUCUCUCUAUCUCUGUCACACAUUCUCACAUACACACACAUACCAUGUUCUCUCCAAAAUGGAGUUUAAUUUCAGCCAAAUGCACAGUAGGCAAUGUCUACUUUUUAAAAAAGAAAAAUCAAAACCUACAGAGUUAGCUGCUCUCUCUCUCUCUUCACGAUGGCCAUAUCUUCACCUGUCUUCUUCACUGUGUGAACGUGUGGCUAACAAAAGAAGACAAAAUGAGAAAAGAAAAAGAGAAAUAUAUCAUGACAAAGUUCGCUCGAUAAUGAAAAACAAGUGAUAGAUAUGAGUAUAAAUAAGAAUGAUACAAAUAUAAUGUAUAACUAUAAAAAGUGACUUUAAUGAAAGUAUUUAUUUUUGUUGCUCUGUUGCAUACAGAUUCAUGCAGUAUAUUAUAUUGGGAUGAGACAAUUAUAGUGUUGUCAGCAUUCAAAAACGUAUGAGACUUCACGGGUGGGGCUGGAAUGUUAUUUUGGAUGAAAGUUACUGAUGUUCAAAAGUAGUGGAGAUAUUUAUGGCAACCUGGUGUGUCUCUCGGACAUACAUCACGUGUGUUUGGCUGACUGUCACAUUGCUUUUUAUUUUGUUAUUGUGUGUAUGUGUGUGUGGUCACGACAUCUUUUUUGUUGUCUCAUGUUGAGGUAUCUUGACCUAUCUAAGGGGAAGACUGUCAUGUUUUUGGAAAAAAACAAAAUUAAAUAUCACUUUUGUUUUUAUUGUUUUUUAUGUAUUUUAUCUUCCACGUUCCUUUGCGGAAACCAUUGAACUGUGUAGUUGCAAGACACAGACCUGUAGAUCAGUGUAACAUGGCGUCAUCUUCUUGACUCGUGCCAUCCACAUCCUAGUGGGCUGAUGCAGGCGGAGGAUCGUCCUUCGCGUUUCUCGAAGGUGUAGUUGCAAGCUAGAUAGCAACUUGUAUUGUUGCCAAUGGGAUAUUGCAUUGCGAUCUACAAAGUACCUGUUGCUAACAUAGUUAGCAACUAUAGUUUCAAGAAAUAUACCCCAGAGUUGUAUAAAGUAGAGGUAGACGUAGGCAAGUGUUGUAAUUACAUCUUUUAGAGUACUUCUACUUCUACUUUAUACAACUCUGCUACAGCCAUGGUGAUGAUGGUGAUGAUGAUGCACAUGUCUUUGGUGUAUAAUACCCCAUAUAUGCUGUUGUUUAGCACUUACAAUCUGACACGCUUGGUACAGUUAACGUUUGUCGUAUUAUUAUACAAGCUCAUCUUCAUGCUAAGGGCAGGCUUCACAAAGAGACUGGUGUUUCGGAUAGCAAAGGCUUACAAGUCAUUGUCAGUGAUGGACAACCUUUAGUCAGAAGCGUCAACCCAAUAAGAAAGAAUUUCAAAUCGCCUGCACAGGUAAUGUUGUCAAGUAGCACCUAUAUGUGUCUGAGGAGUUGCUCUUUAGAAUUUGAUUGGCUGAUUUGGUGAAUCGCUUUAACAGAUGCCUUGUUCUGUUAGUAGCUUCUGCAAUGGCGGCGGUUGUAGCUCCUGACACCAUGUUGCACCAUUUCUGCUCUUUGAUUGGUAAAAUUCGCAACUGAUAACCCUCUCUGGGUGAUUGGCAUCUGGUUGCUAGGAGACAAGCCGCUAGGUUAACGUUUCAGCCAGGAGUUGGAGCUGCUGUUGAGGAUGUGGAAUCUGAGAAGCACAGCACUAUUUUCUAAACCUUAUACAAACAUAGCACCGUGAUAAAAGAAAAAGAGAAAAAAGACUCUUUGUCCUGACUGUCCUUUGUGUAACAUAAUAUGUAUUUAUUUCUGAUUGUUUUAAAUUAAAAAUGUGUUUUUUUGUUUGUUUUUGUCCUUGUUUUUCACUCACCAGGAGGUCUUCCCCAAGGUCAAGCAGCAGAGAUCAGUGUUACUCAGAAUGUUUUAGACUCUCUGACGACCUCUCAGCAGACGACCUUUUGAGGUGUGACCUCUGGAUGUGUUUCAUUGUGGGGUGUCGUCUGUAGUCGACCUCCUCUUGGGGUUUCUGCCCUGUAAAACAUUGAAUCCAGUUAAACGUGAAAAGGUAAGUUGCCCUGCUACCUUGUGUUUGUAAGUUAACUCAACUCACGGCUUAACUCAACCCGAGGCUUGAGUUAACUUAAAAACUUAAGGCAGCAGGGCAACUUAUUCUUUCAACUCAUACAAUGUUUUACAGUGUGCUUGGGGUCACUGAGUCAGUUUGUGAGGAUGGACAGUGGAGUUUGAAUGUGCGAAUGUACUACAAAGGCUGUACGGAGCUUCUGUGGGAUUUAACUACUUUUAUUUUUGUUUUGUUUCAUUUUAUUUUGUUUUAUUUUUUCAUUUGUGUUAUAAUGCCAUGGCUUUGUUCUUGAGGAGAAAAAAAACAUUAAAGCAAUACAA